AUGGAUGGGCGAGCAGAGAUGGAAGUGAUAAGAAGCACAAAAGGAAAUGCAACUGGGGAGGUCAGUGUCCAUUUGGUGGCCAGUGAAAAUACGGUGCAAAAUGUCCACUUACCAGCAACUACCUUCAUCAUACCAGCAACCACAACUACUAUAAAUCUUCCAGUGAACACCUUAGAAAUCCAGCGAUUCCCCCGAGAAGCCCAGAAAAACAUGGGGACAGAGAGACCAAGAGAGGGUGUGGGGAAUGAGCCCAUCACAGCAACAGUCAUCCCUCAGAUCAGUGGAGUGCAGAUUUGCAACACCAUCCGGGAUCUAGAAUGGAAAGAUGGGAUUGCCACUCUGCCUGGGAGCAACCUAAGGUUUCGAAUAAAUGAAUACGGGACAGUGAAAGUAGUUAGUGCUGACAAACUUUCACCUGCAGAACCCAUUCAGGAAUGUCAGCUGGAAAGAAAUGGGGAUGAUGGAGGGGUACUUACCUGCAAGGGCAAUCCUAUCAGGACUCCAGAAUCAGAUAUUCCAGAGCCUCUUAAACUCCCAACGGUAGACAACCUAUGCCACUGCAAUACCUGUGGCCGAAGAAAUAUUUCUGGGUCAACCCAGGAAGGCCGGGCAUUUUGUAGUGAGAACUGUCACCGGCAGUUCAAAGAAAGGUCUGUCAUUGUGGAGAAUUCUGCUGGCAUCACCAACACUACCGAACUUCUCAAGCCAGUAAAGAAACGGAAGAGGAAAGAUUAUCAAAGCCCUUCAGAGGAAGAAGAGGAAGAAUCAGAGCAAAUGGAACUAAAGCAGGAGGAGAUAAAUGGUUCAGGAGGAGAACUUCCUGCUGCUAAUAAUAGUAAUGAAGAAUGGAUUGCCAAUCAGUUUGUUUCCAGUGAGAAGGCAGAAAGUUGGACCUGGGCAUCAUACCUAGAAGAACAAAAAGCCACAGCUGCCCCUUUAAAUUUGUUCCAAGAACACCAGUCGAUUACCCAAAACAAGAAUGGUUUCAAAGUGGGAAUGAAACUGGAAGGGAUAGAUCCUCAGCACCCUUCAAUGUAUUUUAUUCUCACUGUAGCAGAGGUAUGCGGCUACAGGAUGCGGCUUCAUUUUGAUGGCUACUCUGAAUGUCAUGAUUUUUGGCUGAAUGCUGAUUCUCCUAAUAUUCAUCCUGCUGGCUGGUUUGAGAAAACGGGACACAAACUUCAGCCUCCCAAGGGUUUAGGUUACAAGGAAGAUGAAUUCAGCUGGGCCAAUUACUUGAAGAUUACCAAAGCUCAGGCAGCUCCCAAGCAUCUCUUUGCAAGUCCAGACAGUAAUGGUGCUCCCAUAGGAUUCCAAGUAGGGAUGAAGCUUGAAGCAGUGGACCGUAUGAAUCCUUCUUUGAUUUGUGUGGCCACAGUGACAGAUGUGGUAGACAAUCGCUUUUUGGUGCACUUUGACAACUGGGAUGACACAUAUGACUACUGGUGUGAUCCCAGUAGCCCCUACAUUCAUCCUGUUGGUUGGUGUCAGGAACAUGGAAAACCUCUCACUCCUCCACAAGACUAUCCUGACCCUGAGAACUUCUGUUGGGAAAAAUAUUUGUCAGAAACAGGUGCUUCUGCAGCACCAACUUGGGCCUUUAAGGUGAGGCAACCCCAUGACUUUCUGAUGAACAUGAAAUUGGAGGCAGUGGAUCGAAGGACCCCCUCUCUAAUCAGAGUUGCUAGUGUAGAGGAUGUAGAAGACUACAGGAUAAAGAUUCAUUUUGAUGGCUGGAGCCAUAUCUAUGAUUUCUGGAUUGACUCAGAUCACCCAGACAUUCAUCCUGUUGGAUGGUGCUCAAAAACUGGACAUCCAUUGCAACCUCCUCUUAGGCCAAAGGAACCCAUCUCCACUACCAAUGGAAGCUGUCCAACCUUGGCCUGUAAAACCCUCCCAGCUACCAAGACUUCCAAAUAUAGCUUUCAUAGAAAGUGUCCAACACCUGGUUGUGAUGGUUCAGGCCAUGUGACUGGGAGAUUUACAGCUCAUUACUGCAUCUCAGGGUGUCCCCUGGCAGAGAAAAACCAGGGGAGGGUAAAGGCUGAACUUUCAGACACUGAAAACUCUGUUCGAAAAAGGAACCUAAUUGCUUAUUCCCAGAAGAAGAAGUCUCGCCAUCAUGGAAGAGGACGACCUCCCAAAUAUCGGAAAAUCCAGCAGGAUGAUUUCCAAACCAUUUCAUCAGAAAGUAUGCACCAGUCUCUGUUUAUGUCAGCCUUGUCAGCACAUCCUGACCGUUCCUUAUCUCUCUGCUGGGAUCAGCAUUGUAAGCUUCUUCCUGGAGUAGCUGGGAUCACAGCAUCCACAGUGGCCAAAUGGACAAUUGAUGAGGUUUUCAGCUUUGUACAGACGUUAACAGGUUGUGAGGAUCAAGCAAAACUCUUCAGAGAUGAGAUGAUUGAUGGUGAGGCCUUCCUUUUGCUGACUCAGGCUGACAUUGUGAAGAUCAUGAGCGUAAAGCUUGGCCCAGCACUUAAAAUCUACAAUGCCAUUCUUAUGUUCAAAAAUGCUGAUGACACCUUAAAAUGA